CAAGGGCUACAUCCAUGCUAUAUCUGGCCACAACUCCAGCAUGGACUUCUCUGACUUGCCUGCCAACUUUGGGAACCCGUUGCCACCCGAGGGACUCCUGGGCCUGCUGGUGGAAGCCAAGCCCGCCAACGCCUGCCUGCCAAUUGAGGCCCCUCCGGAGCCAGCCAACAUGAGCAGCUUCAUCGCCCUCGUCCAGAGAUACGACUGCCACUUUGAUGCCAAGGUGUAUCACGCCCAGCAGGCUGGGUACGCAGCCGUCAUCGUGCACAACGUGGGCUCCGACAGCCUGCUUCACAUGGUCUGGGAUGACGAGGAACUCCGCAAACUCAUCACCAUUCCUUCCGUGUUCAUUGGUGAAAGAGCGGCAGGCGCCUUGCGCAGCUUCUUCACUUAUGAGAGAGGGGCUCACGUCGUCUUGAUCCCAGAGUACGUCUUCCCCUUGGGCUAUUACCUCAUCCCUUUCACGGGCGUGGUGGGCAUCGUCAUUGCUGUGAUGUGCACUAUCCUGAUUGUGCGCUGCAUUCAGCACCGGAAGCGGCUCAGGAGGAACCGCCUGUCCAAGGAGCAGCUGAAGAAAAUCCCCGUCCACAAGUACAAGAAAGGAGACGAGUAUGACGUCUGUGCCAUCUGCCUUGAGGAGUAUGAAGACGGUGCCCGGCUGCGCAUUCUGCCCUGCUCUCACGCCUAUCACUGCAAGUGUGUUGACCCCUGGCUGACACAGACGAAGAAGACCUGCCCCGUGUGCAAGCAGCGCGUGAUCCGGUCGGCCGAGGACUCUGACUCGGAGGGCGAGGAGGGAGCGGACCGGCCCCUGUCUCCCAGGGGGGAGGAAGAUGAGGAGCAGGACACUGAGCGCACCCCCCUGCUGCGCUCCUCUCCCCCGGCGGCCCUGGGCCCCUCCUUUGGCAGUAUAGCCCAGUCCCCCGCUCCCUGCCUGGACGAAGAAGAGCAGGGGCCCAGCACCCAGGAGGGGGACGCUCCCCACGGCCCCCCACAGCCGUUGCGGGUCUAG